GCGAUCACUCCUUCUGGAUUGCUCCUCUGCUCCUGUCUGGAGAAACUUCUGGAGGUUUGACCACGGCAUUAAGACCAGGAGAGACGGCCAGGUUGGAGGAAGAUAUCUGAACAAGAGUCAAACAAACGGCGAUUGUAGAGCGAAGAAGAAGGAGUCAGACUAACCAACCGGCCAACAUGGCUCUGCUGUGCUACAACAAAGGCUGUGGACAGAAGUAUGACGCUGACAAGAACAAGGACGAUUCCUGCCUCUUCCAUCCAGGAGUCCCCAUCUUCCAUGAUGCUCUGAAGGGUUGGUCCUGCUGUAAGAAAAGGACAACGGACUUCUCAGAGUUUCUCUCCAUCAAGGGCUGCACCCGCGGGCGCCACAGCAACGAGAAGCCCCAGGAGCCUCUGCGGCCGGAGGUGACAUCAGAUAAGGGGGAGAUUAAACACACCAACGGCCAAGAGAUAAUCUACCAGGGACCCAAAUCUGCAGAGAAACUGCAGCGAGAGAGACCCAGUUCAGAGGAGCCCAAGACCAAGCUGUCCCAUAAAGUGUCUGCGUCACUGACUCAGGUGCUGGAGAAACUGGAAAUCAGUAUGAAAGCUGAGAAAGAGCAGAAAGAGAGUCAGACCGUCAUUCAGGGGACGAGAUGCAAGAACUCAGGAUGCAAAACAGUCUAUCAAGGCCCAGAGACAGACAUGGAGGUCUGCACCCACCACCCCGGUGCACCCGUCUUCCACGAGGGGUAUAAGUACUGGAGUUGCUGCUGCAUAAAGACAAUAGACUUCAACGCUUUCCUGGACCAGAAGGGCUGCACCACAGGGAAACACCGCUGGGUCCCAAAACAGGACAAGAAGAAGGUGGCGUGCCGACAUGAUUGGCACCAGACUGGAAAUAAUGUGGUUGUAACGAUUUACGCCAAGAACGCAAACCCUAACCUUUCCUGCAUAGAGGCCAACAGGACUGUGCUCUCAUGUCAAAUCCAGUUUGAGAACAACAAGAUUUUCAAAAGAGACUUCCACCUGUGGGGGGUGAUCGAUGUCAAACAGAGCUCGGUCAACAUGGUCCCGUCCAAAGUGGAGAUUUCCAUGCGUAAGGCCGACCAGGUGGCCUGGGGCAAACUGGAGGACCCCAACUACAAACCGGAGCCUGAGCCCGUGCAGGACACCUUCACUGAAACCAACGAGUCUUACCAGCCCAACUGGGACAUCGACGACGAUGACAUCAGCGACUCGGACGACGACUGGGCCUACGACACGCCGGAGAAUAAAAAGCAGACUAAGGACGGACAUGGGCAGAAGAAGACAGAGGGAGAGGUGCAGAAUUUACAGAGGAAGGAAGUGGAGGAGGAGAUGAAGAGGGCGAUGGAGGAGAGGAGGAAGGCAGAGGAGGAGAAGAAGAAGCUGGAGGAGCAGAGGAGGCAGGAGGAAGAGGAAGGAUACGAAGACAUGCCCGAUCUUGAGUAA